AUGCACUUUUUCCAGCUGUUAUUUCUAUUCAUAACACCUGUGGUUUCUAAUUCAAUUUCUUUUUCUGAAUCUUUUCAAACAUCUUGGCAAGAUGUGAUUUCUGAAAAUGAGAUUCAAUAUUCUUCAAUAAGUUCACAAUGUGCGAGAGAUACGCAAACUUGGCUUAAAUCUUUGGCAAUUUUUAAGCAGAUUUCUGAAGAAUGCAUUAUCACGAGAAAUUGUACUUUUGUUGAAUUACAACUUUUAAAGAAUAAUUUAUUUUCAGCUAAGCGUAAGUAGUUUUUUAUUCUCAAAAAAUACAUUAUUUUCUAACUUCAGAAUUGGAUGCAUUUGGACGUGUUCCUUCUAGUGGAAUUCUAGAAAUUCCUCUACUUUUUGAAGGAUCUUAUGUUGAAUGUCAGAGUAUUAGUGGAAUUGAGUAUGAUACAAAUUAUUGUUAUCUUGCAUUAUAUCCAAAGAAAAAUCGGCACUGUGGAAUUGUGAAUGUUGUUCCUGGUUUGACAUUUAUCCGUUCAGCAGUUUGUAUGCCAAAAUCAUGUUCGGAAAAUGAUUUGACUCAAAUGUUCAACAAUUUCACAAAUUUACCAUUCACUGCGUGCAAAGCAGGAUGUGUUCAUUAUGAUGUUAAAAAAAAUGCAGCUUUUUGGAUUUUUACAACUUUUAUGAUAUUGGUUAUCGCAAUUGUCAUAGUUUCAACGAUUUUUGAUUAUUUCAAAGAAAAACUUCCGUUUUCUGAAAAAAGUCUUUGGAUGAGAAUGCUUUUGGCUUUUUCAUUAUGGACAAAUGCUUCAAUUAUUUUAUCAGUGAAAGAACAAAAAGAUGGAUAUAUCAAAUCUUUAGAUUGUAUUCGAUUUUUAUCAAUGUUAUGGGUUGUGACUGGUCAUACAUUCACAAAUUUGACUCCAACUGAUACACUUUUAUCAAUUGCAAAAAUAAUGAAAGAAUUCUGGAAUCAUCUAAUUCUGAAUGCAGUUCUUUCUGUCGAUACAUUCUUUUUGAUAUCUGGAAUUGUUGUGGCUUAUAUGUUUUUCAAAACUCGUCCGAAAUCACAAAUUAUGAAAUCUCCAAUGACUUGGAUACUUUUCUAUGUUCACCGAUAUCUUCGCCUAACUCCUCCUUACAUGAUUUUCAUCGGUUUUUUCACAGUUUAUGGAAAUUAUAUUCAAGGACCAAUAAGUGCAACACAAAUGAGUGAGUCAUUCAAAUUAUGCUACAUUUUUAGUACACAAAAGUUUCAGAUGGAAUGCGCGAUGCAACAGAAGCUUGUCAAGAAAAAUGGUGGCGGAGUUUGCUUUACAUAAAUAAUUUUGGCUCAACUGAUAACACUUGUUAUAGUGUAACUUGGUAUUUGGCAGUUGAUACUCAACUUUAUUUGAUUGCUCCAAUUCCAAUUAUUGCUUUAUAUUAUUCAUUUUCGGCAGGUGUUGCAGUUAUUUCAAGUUUGGUCUUAGCUUCGAUUAUUACAACUUAUUCUUUAUUUUAUGAAUAUAAUCUUCCGGCUGAUUUCACAGGACAAGGGUGGGUUUAAAAUUUUCGUUAUUUAUAUUGAGCACGUUUUUGUUUAUAGAGACCCGAUAGCAUUUUAUGGAAUUGCUUAUGAGAAACCAUGGGUUAGAUGUCCUCCAUAUUUUAUCGGAAUUUUGGUUGGAUAUAUUCUCGGAACUUAUGGAAAACGAAAAAUACACUUAAAUUGGAGUCUAAGUAUGAUUGCAUGGUUUUUCGCAUUCGUCACUGCAGUUGUUUGUAUUUUCGGAGAUUAUGAUUAUGACGCAGGUUUGAAAUGGAGCACAUUUACUCGAGCAACAUAUUAUAAUUUUGCCCGAAUUUCUUGGGCGAUCGCAGUGUCUUGGGUUAUUGUUGCAAAUCAUUAUGGUUGGGGUUCACCAAUCUCCAAUUUUAUGUGUCAUCCAAUUUGGCAACCGCUAGGACGACUUUCUUAUUGUGCAUAUAUUGUUCAUAUUAUGACGAUGGCGUUGUAUUUUAGUUGGGAUGAUAGAGCGUGGCAUUAUUUUUCGAAUUUACAAAUUGUAAGUGGAUCACAGGAAUUCGGUGGGGGUUUUGAAGUUUUAAAUUCAAAUUUUGCAGUGGCUGUAUUAUACUGUACCUAUUACCGUAUUCGCAUAUUUUUUUGCUUUUUGGUGGAGUUCAUUUUUCGAAUUACCUUCAUUAAAGUGAGUAUUUUAUGAGAGGACUUUUGAUCUUAUAUUUUUUUCCAGAUUGGAGAAAAUUCUGAUAGAAUCAAUUAUUGGAAGUGGAGGAAGAACAUCGAAUAAAGUUGAAACAUCUGAUAAAUCAGAAGAUAAUAAAUGA